AUGGUGUCUAUUUCUAAGCUUCUUUACUCCGGUCUCGUAUUUGCGCCUCAGAACCAAUUCAGCGAUGUCGCUUCUCCGGAGUUGGCUUCGAAGCAACAAUUCAAUAUCGUUAAAUACUUGGCUGCUGCUGGUCCAUAUAUUCAAGGUCCUGGUUUUGGUAUUUCUACUGACACUCCCGAUCAAUGUACUGUUGAGCUGGUGCAAUUGUACAUGAGACACGGUGAAAGAUUCCCUGGUUUGUCUGUCGGACAGAGUCACAAGGCUGUUGUCGAUAAGCUUCAAUCGUACAAGGGUACAUUCAAAGGAGACUUAGCUUUUCUUAACGAAUACGAAUACUACGUUCCAAACGAAGACUUGUAUGAGUACGAAAACACUCCCAUUAACUCCCCAGGUCCAUAUACUGGUUACGACAAUGCUGUAAAAGCUGGUUCCGGAUUCAGAGCCAAGUACAACGACUUGUUCGAUGCCGACGAGAAGCUCCCAUUGUUCAUUGCUGCCUCAGCCAGAGUUCAGCAGACAGCUGAAUUCUUUGCUGAAGGUUUCCUCGGCAGCGCAUUCUCCAAUGACACUAUCAACAGAGUUGUUGUGAAUGAAGACAAGUCAUUUGGCCUUAACUCAUUGGUUCCACGUUGGGGCUGUCCAGCCUAUAAUGGUAGUGCCCAUGCUGCCGAUGUGGCCAAGUUUCCAAAUACUUACCUAAACAACAUUGUCGACAGAUUCACCACUGCUAACCCUGGCUUGAACGUCACUGCUUCGGAUGUCAACCAGUUGUUCGCUAUAUGUGCGUAUGAAAUGGACUGCAAGGGGUACUCUCCAUUCUGUGGUAUUUUUACUCAAGAUGAAUACGUUACCUAUGGCUACGCUAACGACUUAAACUUCUACUACUCCUCUGGUCCAGGUGGUGAUCACUCUGUCCACGCAGGUUCCGUCCAGUUGAAUGCCACUUUGGCCUUGUUGAAGGAUGACAGCAGCAAGAAUAAGAUCUGGUUGACCUUCACACACGAUACCGAUAUUGAACUAUUCUCCAGUGCAUUGGGAUUGUUCGACACUGUUGAGCCAUUGCCUUUUGACAGAGUCAGACUUACAGACACCUACCACCACGUUGAUAUUACCCCAAUGGGUGGUCGCUUCGUCACCGAAAAAUUAGCCUGCGGAAACGAAACCUAUGUCAGAUUCAUCGUUAACGACGCCGUUGUUCCUGUCAAGAACUGUGCUGAUGGUCCAGGCUUUUCUUGUAGUCUUGACAACUUCGAAAAGUACGUCAACAGCAGGAUCGGUGACAUCGACAUCGUCAAGGACUGUAAAGUACCCGAAGGAGUACCAACUGAGUUGACUUUCUACUGGGACUACACAGAAGUUAACUACAACGCUACUGCUCAACGUAUCGUCGCCUAG